UGUAGAAGCUGACAAUGUGCUGUGUGUUGUAUUUAAACGAUAGAGGAAGGCCAAUAUAAACUCAUAGCCAGUGCAAAGAACAGAGGAAUGAAUGUAUAAAGAACAGAAUCCUCUGAAUUAAGAACGUGGGUGAGAUGUGACUGGGAAAGCUUCCGUGAUCCUGGUCUCACCACCACCCGUGGGACUCCGGGAUGGCUGGCAGGCGAGGUGAUACACCCGGCCGGGCCACCGAUGAAUUGAUAGAUACAUGCUCAAUAACGAGGAGCAGCACUAAGAAGAGGAAUUGGAAACGCUCGAGUCGGCUGGGAAAGUUUUCUCCGGUCUUCUUCAUCCAACUCGACCAGGGCAUCAAUCCAGAAGAGAUUCGAAUGGAAUAUAUCAGAAAAUAGAUUCUAAAAUAUCGACAUAAACAGAAGAACAUCCUGAACUGUGUUGGAUGAAACUAUGGGGGAAGGAUAUCCUGCAUCUGUACUGGAUUUAACACCGACUGUGUGUGUGGGAUGCCACCGCCUCAUCCAUGACAAGUACCUGCUUAGCGUCAUUGAUGGCCUAUGGCAUGAGCAAUGCGUCCGGUGCGUGGCGUGUGGCGAUCCGCUCAAGAACACUUGCUUUCUCCGGGACCAGAAACUUUACUGCAAGCGCGACUAUGCCAAUCUGUUUGCAGUGAGGUGUGGUGGCUGUGCAGAGGCCAUCUCCCCUGCAGAGCUGGUGAUGCAUGCUGGAGCUGCAGUGUUCCACCUGGCCUGUUUCAGCUGCAGUCUGUGUUCCUGUCUUCUGCGGACUGGAGACUGCUGUGUCCUCAGGGAAGGACGGUUGCUCUGUGCUAGAGACUACAACCAGGAAGUGGACAGACCCACCUCAUCAGACUCAGGUGAAAGUGAUGAUGAGGAGGAGGAGGAAGAGGAGGAGAAAGGGGAUGAGGGUAGUGUGAAGGCUUCAGGCAGACGUGGCGGCGAAGCAGACGACCCUGAACACAAACGACCCAAACGUCCACGCACUAUUCUGACCACCCACCAGAGACGGGCCUUCAAAGCAUCCUUCGAAGUCUCCUCCAAGCCCUGUCGGAAGGUAAGGGAGACCUUGGCAGCGGAGACCGGUCUGAGCGUGAGAGUCGUGCAGGUCUGGUUCCAAAACCAAAGAGCCAAGAUGAAGAAACUAGCCAGAAGGCAGCAACAGCAGCAGCAACAAGAGCAGCAAGAACAGCCAGCACAUCACACUGCGCCCUCCUGUGGCAGUCUCACCUCUGACCUGAACCCUCUGAGCUUGUACCACCACGCCCAGCACCACCACCCCAGCCUCCAGCAGAUGCAGGCCCUGGCCCAGGCCACCUCCUUGGGGGUGCAGGAAUAUGACAUGGAACCCUUUAGACAGGGACUCACCCCUCCACAGAUGGACCACAUGCACCCCUACCGUUGCAAGGCCCUUUAUGUGGAGAUGGAUGGGAACCCUCUCUGUAACCUAGGCGACGGAGACUGCCUGUCUUUGUGUGACUCAUCCCUGGCCACACCUAUCGACCACCUUUACUCCAUGCAAGACUCCUACUUCACCUGAGUCUGGAGGCUCAGAUCCCUCACACCCUCCGUCCAGACCCUUCCCUCCACGGGCACAGCGACCCACACUGUACAGCUGGGGACGGACUCAAUUCCAAGUGGACCCUCUGUACAACUGUGUGUUUUGUUUGAAGUUCAGAAAAUAAUGUAUUGUAUAACUGUAAAUAACUAUCUUGGCUAUUAUUUGUAUUUAUUACAUGUUGUGUGUGUGAUCUACAGUAUUCGUGCCCAAAAUGAAUAACCUUU